UCCUCACACCGGAAGUUAGAUUUAUGUGCUUUUGUUGUCUUGUGUUCAGCUCGCAGCGUUACGUCUUUAACAUUAUCUUCGUUUAUAAGCAUGUAUUUUCAGAGAUGUUAUAUAAUAUAAUAAUUUCCUGACUCGAUAAAGAAAUACUGCUGUGGACAUUUAUGAAUCUGCGGUCGUUUCAUGCUCAUCCGCAGGGAAUAAUCACGAAGAAGGCUUAAAAUAGAAAUAAAAGAUUAAAUGACAUUGAAUCAACAGAGUUAAACAAGAGUAAAGAUGAGUUUGGCGAACAGCAGAGAUCAGCGCAGCACUGCGGGAAGCCGCAUGUCUAAACUCCUGGACGCCGAAGAAGAAGAUGAGUUCUACAAAACCACAUACGGAGGAUUCAAUGAUGAGUCUGGAGAUGAUGAAUACAGAGGUGAUCAUUCAGACACUGAAGAUGAGGUGGACAGUGAUUUUGACAUUGAUGAAGGAGAUGAACCAGACAGUGAUCAGGAGGCCGACGCUCCACGCAGAAAGAGCCGCGUCGUCACUAAAGCUUACAAGGAGCCUCUGAAGGUCUCCAAACCCAAAGUGAAGCGUGUGUCUGAAGAAGUGAAGGCUGAACGACCCAAACCUGAGAGACGCCCCAUUCAUGAGCUGCAGGAUUUUGAAGAGAUCCGUAAGUCGGUGCGUAAGUCCACGAGCGAGCACACGCGGAAGACAAACCAGCGUCUGCAGGAGCGUCAGCAGGAGGCCCCGAGGAAGAGAAAAGGAACCCUGAACGAACACGUGCUGACACAAGACGAGCUGCUGGCCGAAGCCAAACUCACUGCAGAGAUAAACGUGCGAUCACUGGAGAAUUAUGAGCGCUUGGAGGCUGAUAAAAAGAAGCAUGUUCAUAAAAAGAGAAAAUUCGAAGGGCCAACGAUCCGCUAUCACUCAGUGCUGAUGCCUCUUCUGCCGGACACACUGACCAAAGAGGAAAAUGUGGAUGUGGAAGGGUCAAUACACACAUACUUUAAUACAUAUAAUAUUUGUUUUUCAUCUCCAAAGCCAAACAUUGAGACUCUCUGUGUUUUAUUUAAUAGAUUGGAUCAGGACACACCCCAACCCACGCCUACCUCCUCCUCAUCUGUGCAGGGGGCGGGGUCUCUGUGCUCCCGCACAUACAUCACUUUCAGCGACGAUGAUGCGUUUAACUCCGCCUUCCCCGCGUCAGCUCGCGUCACCCCGUCCCAUCCCGUUCAGGAGGUAUGUCCUGUUACCCAUAAGCCGGCGCUGUAUCGGGACCCUGUGACAGACAUCCCGUACGCGAAUGCUCGAGCGUUCCGCAUCAUACGAGAGGCUUACCAGAAAUACAUCACGGCUCACGGCUUCCCCAACGCUUCUGGAAACUUCAGUGGAAACAACGACACUGAUUCGCCGGCAGCGAGCGCCGCCAAGAGCGCCCGCCCCAAACUCACCAUCAAACAGGGUGUGAUCGCCACCUAGACACAAUCACACUUCACAAGUCCUCAGGUCUCAGAUUGUAACUGUGCUUAACAGACGUUAGUUUGACAUGUGCUGACGGAGCUCAGAGAUGUGUUCCUUUGGUUUAUUAGUUUCUGAGGACUCCUCCUUUGUGAGUUCCUACCGGUUUGUUUUACUCUGGUUUAUAACGUUUCCAGUCAAAAAUGGCAAUAAACUCAUGUUUUAUA